AAACAGCUUACGGCGGAUUGCUCGGCACGAUGAUCAGGAAUUUUCUCAUCAAAGCAUACUGAAUGCUAUGGAAAAAUUUGUCAAGAAUGUAAACAUAAUGGAUGAAACGAUACUGGUGCCCUGUCGUUUGAUGGAUCGUAAGGUUGGCGACACCACGGAUACGGUACCUGCCGCCCCAAAAGCUCAACACCUUGGAUCCCACCAUGGUAAAAAAACGAAUCGUGCCUCGAUAGAAGAAGUCUUGAUCACUUCCGAGCUGUUCGAGGUCUACAAAAUGCUAAAAGUAGUAAAGGUGGAUUUGCUCUGGGGUCGCCAGGAUGCGGAAGAUAACGUCGAAGAGUCGGUGGUCAUGAGCUGUGCGACGAAAUCGGCUUCAUCUAAUGGUAGCAGUAACAGUAGUAGUACCACAAAUAGCACUAGCAGUAACACGGUCGCAACAACGAACAGCAGCAACACCGGAUCGUCUUCGACCGGAAGCGAAAAGGUAGAAACAAACAGCAGCAUCAGCCCUGCUACCAUUGCACCGACUUCGGCGAAAGGUCACACACGUCGUCCGAGCACAGUAUCGGUAGCAUCCUCUAACUCGGCAAGCAUGCUGAGCGACUCCGAGAGUGAAACGUCAGCGGAAAAUGAUUCUGGUAUCGAGUCGGAGGGAAACCAGGAGCAAGAUCGCAGCAUUGAGCUUGCCAAGCAAUUCCGCACGCAUCUGAUAGGUUUGUACCGAUCACUCGAACAGAUGAGUGAAGCGGCAAACUAUCUGACGGCUCGGUAUCAGAGCGACGUUGGUCCCGUUUAAAGCACUCGCCGAAUAUCAUCCUCCCUUGCCUCAGCCAAAUAAGAAAAUCAUAACCUCGUGGUUGUCAUCCCUACUGUGCGCUUGUUCGGGAUUUAUGCUUACUGCUCGUGCACGAAUAUGCCAUUAGCAUUGUCGGAGGAUCGAAUUUAUGCUACGCCCAAUUCAAGCUCGCCAUCAUCCGUGGUAACCUCGAAAGCACGAUAGGUCAUAUAUAUCAUAUAUGAAUGCAAUCCUGGGAAGCAAUGUCCAGUUGGAGGUAACGUUCGAGGGAUUAGGAUUUUAGUUGCAUUGAUUUGCUGAGUGUGAACAGCGGGGGGGAGCAUAAAACCAGAUUAUUAGGUACGUGAUGGCUCCUGAAUCUUUGGUGAUCAACUUGAGGGUUCUAUAAUUUGUUCUUACCUUAUUAUUGAGUUUAGGACAAACGCAUGAAGUGCAUGUAAGAAGUUGGAUCGAGACCAGGAGCAUGCGUGUGUGUGUGUGUGUGUGAUUGGCAAAUGGAGAAGGAAAGACAAAAUCAACUGUAAUGAAGGUUAAAAAGAAGAAAAUUAAGAUUAGAUUAACGGCACGCUAAAAGUGCUUAGAAGAAUACGUUGCUUUCCCCGGUUUUGCCGUAACAGUUGGUUGAUUGAUGUAAUUUAGUCGAUGCAAAGUUGUUUCUUUCUAAAUUUACUAUGCAGCACACGUGCGCGUCCUCGCAUGUCAAUCCAAAAUUGCAAUCUUUUCACCAAAGGUUGUGUACUUGAGACUUCAUUUUCCAAGCUUUAUGUAUAUUAAAUUAUUUAUAGUUUUUGUACAUUGUUUCUUUCAUAACAAGAGAGUGUAUGUUGUCUCGUUUGGACGCAUUUAGCCCCGGUGCUUCAUUUGGUUGAAUGAAUGUGUUUGAUAAUGUAUCAGAUUUUGCGUGUUUGGUUUGCGGGAAUACAUAAUGGUAGGGUAUAUUUUUUAGCUGCGGUACGCCGUAGCUCAUGACUAGUAUACAAUGAUUUUCACAGGUUGUAGGAAGAGUCUGCGAGCUCAAGAGCAGCGAUCUAUGCAUCUGAGAUAAUCGAAACAAUCGAAUGGGUAAAUCAUAUAUUCAUUACACAUUGACCUAACGGAGAGGUACAGCAAAAAUUCAACCAUUUUUUCCGCGGUACAGUAAACAAUGAUAUUGGGUAUAAUUUGUUGAAAAUUAUUUAUUUAUUCCGAUUCAUUUUUGUCAUCCCUGUUGCAUAACACAAUUCAAUUCAUGAGGUAAAAGCGUUACGUAAUAAAAUUAUUAUUCGUUUAUUGUUUCACGUACACAGAACAUUAUGUUUGAUUUGUGCUGUUGCAUACUGAUGGGGUGUUUCUCUGUUUCAUCUGUUUAUCCCUAAAAUCAUGCUCCUCAAAACCAUAAGCAAGGAUAUUCGUCAAAUUAAACCCACCAAGUCUUUCAAACCAAUCAUCGGCGCAUCAAUUGUGGCCACGAGAGCAUUUAGUAAGGAAAACAAAAGUCAACCGAGUAACGAAGAUCAGUCGUGGAAGUCCCUUGCAAUACUUUAAGUUUCAUUCGAUUCAAUUGAACGUUAGUGCUCCUUGCCAAUGAUCGAGCGAUUGCUUAGUUUUCAUUCGGGUAAUAAUUGGUUGGUUUUUGUUUCACUCUGGGAUUAUGUCUGAUAAGUAUACAUAUCGCUCGAUUGGUAUACAUAUUGGCAGAAAUAAAAACAAAAUAAAAAAAGAAAUCCCUUCCUCUUCUCAGAUGUGUACCGCACGAGAGACAUUCAGUGAUCGUGAUUUAGUUUAUAUAGUAUGUAGGGCUUUGUGCGUUUGUUUAAAUUUGGUCGAUGGGUCAAAUUGGGAUAACGCUGCAUGAAGCAUAAGCAUAUGGUGAUAAGUUUAUGAAGCGCUUAUUUUUCGUUCCAAGAGGCAGGUGACACGUAGCAUAGUCUUUUUUCUGCUACUCGGGUGCUUUUGCGGUUGAAUUUGUGGUAGCUUACAUUCAAAAUGAAAAUUCGCUUUGAUAGCGAGCAUUUUUAUAACUGAUAUGUGGCCACAUGCGCAAUCAUUUUCUGACACUUGCCAAAUCUGUGAAAACAUUGUAAGCGUUUUUCUACAAUGGUUUUGCUUGCAAGUUGUUGCAACGUACGGUUUUCUUCUUUCCUGAAAUGUAGGAAUGUCUGAAAGGCGAUCCCAUAAUAUUUGCAACAUCAAAAUGGUUGACAGAUGCUUGUGUUGGAAGCAAUAUAAAUAUCAUGUUGAUGAGUUAUUUUUUUUACUUUACAAUUGUGGCAGGAAACCGAUCACAAUGCUCUUCGUUUUCGUUUCAGUUAGUGAUAUGAACGUUGCAAACGAAGAACUGUGAAUUUCUCUCAAUUCACAAGUGUAUUCUUGAACAAAGAAGAAACCUUUAGUAACCCUCCAUUCGUUGCUUGAAGUAGCUUAGGAAAUAUAUAAAAUUCAUUCCGUUACAAGAUAAUAACUUUAAAGGUCAAGGCAAGAAAAGUAAAUUACGGACGCAUUCAAUAAAACGACACACAAAUGAGUUUGUUUUGCUGUUUAAAUUCGUACUGCAAAUCGCGAAAAAUACAGAACGUGAUAAGCUGGUGAUAGAAAACAAAGAACGUAGAGGAAUAUAAGAAAUGUUCAGAUAAGUGAUGUAAAAAUUGAGAUAACACGUGAGCAGCAACAUUUCAGUGAAAACAUUGAAUGGUACAACACAAUGAGUGAAAAAUAUGCCUCACAAAGAUCGCGUAAAACCAAGUAAGCCCAAUAAUCGCGGACGUUGCAUAAUAAAGCUCCGUUGUUUCGAUGGAAAUUGAGUUUAUCUAGAUCGUGGAUCGUGUGCGUUGCAAUUAACAAGCCGGCUCUAAGCUCGGCUUUCUUGAGAUAUGUUCUAUAGGCAACGUUAAAACGAGCAACCAAGUGUAGAACGAAUAUGAUAUGACACUAACAAAGCACCAUGCGCCGUGAAGGGCGACACAUGCAAGGGCGAUAUAAUUGUAAAGGUAAUCCAAGAAUAUUCCGUACGAAGCAGAUCGCGACAAAUAAUGAUAACGUGAAAGCGAUUCAUAACGUCAGCAAUGUAAGUCGAAAUGUGUAAAAUUUUGUUACUAUAAAUUUAGCAACAGAAAAUGUAGACAAGUGAAAAGAAUCUGAAAUGCGAAGGAAAAUAAAACUUAACAUAGAGAAAAUAU